AUGGCCCUCCAGCUUGCCCAGCCCAACCAAGACGAGAAGGAAGUCUGCAAGUACUGCAGGCUGCAGUACCCUGCCACAGAAGGGCGCUGGCACCGCGAAGCCUUCGAGUGCCGCCAUUGUGCGGCCUCUCUCAAGGCCCUGUACCGGAACCUUGGCGAGCUGCCGGAAGACUUCAAGCAGCUCUCUUCGGAAGAGACUACGAAGUUCUUCGCUGACCUGGCUCAGCAGCGAACGGAGCUCGCAAAGGACAAGUCCUGUUCCUGGACCACUGUCCGGGCUUCCUUGGUCACUACACUGGCAGAGAAGAGGACCACCACCUUCAAGCAGGAGCUCGAGGGCAAGUUCUUGCCGCUCUCCGUUUGGGAAAAGCAAGGCUUCGACACCGACAAAGUGAAGAACUGCCCCAAGGAAGAGAACGAAGUCUUGGGCGACCUCUACUGUGUGCCAAUCAAAACCAUCAGUUGGUCCGAAACAGUUGAGAAAGUUCGCCAAACUCUCCUUGACCAAGAACGCCAGGCCACGGCCAAGAAGCAGGCCAAGGGCAAGAACAAGACGGCCGAGGACUUGGACUUGCCGGCUCCUGCCUCAGCCAGCAAGGAAGAGAAACCGCAGGACUUCGCCAAGCAGAACAAAAGAACCUACCAACAGAACGCGAAGCUCAACGCCCUGGCCGCGAAGUCCCUCGGUUCCCUCACCACGCAGCAGAGCUCCUUGGAGAAGCUCUUGGCCAAGUUCGUUGGCGACAAGCAUGGCUGCAUGCAAACCGCCGAACAGGGGCAGCAGGAACUCCAGCCGCUCUCCUUGCCUUACGACGCAGCGGAGCUCAAGGUCUUGCUCCAGCAGGUCCUCGUUGUCCGGGACAUCCGUGCCGGCCUGGCAAAAGGGAAACGUAAGCCGGACGAAGCCGGCUUGCUGCAGUCUUCCGGAAGCAGAACUUCUGCUGGCCGCGACAUGGUGGAGUGCGACUCACCCGGCUUGGACGACGAGGGCUUGGGCUUCUUCCUGGACACUGAGCCGAGCAAGCCGCGACCCCUCUUCUUCGACAAGACGGACUCUCCGCAACCCGUGGCUUGCCGAGGGCAAAAGCUCACGACAAAACAGCACAAGUACAAGGUCCGAACAAAUGUGCUGCUGGACUCCUGCCGCAGCAUUCAGCACAGGCUGUCUGUGGAGCUCGAGCAGAAGAUGAGGGACCACGUGCAAGUGCUCGAGAAGGUUCAGCAAUUCAUCCUUGCUUUCGAGACCGGCUCUGAACCCGUCUUCAUCUACACGAUCAAGACCUUGAAAAACAUCACCUGUGAUGCUGCGAGCUGCCUGGAAUUUGCAAACCAGUGUAGGCAGAUCCUCUCUGUGGUUCGAGAGGAUGGCAAAGGAAGCCGCACGGCGUCUAUGCUGAUGUUGGCGGAUCACGAGGGCAUGCGUGCUUUGUCCGGAUGGAAAGGAUCCAGCGGUUACCGGCCAUGUUUCAAAUGUGCCAACGUGGUCAGUCUAGGCGGGGCGAGACCGGCUAGCUUCGUGGACAUUGCGAAUUCGGACAUAACCCGCCUGCGGCCACUCUCACACGCGGACCUCUGCGAGAUUCGCCAGAAGCUGGAUAGCUUGAGCUCCACAACCACGAAGCUGCAGGAGGCUGAAAAGUUACUGGGAUGGAAACUCGAGGAACUCAGCAAGUCCUUCCUCGCUUCGCCUGCUCUGUCUGGCUGGGCAGAACUGGAGGAUUGUGCUGUUGACGCCAUGCAUGCCUAUUGGAGCAACGGUGUCGUGGCACAAGAGCUCGGCCUCUGGUAUACUGCUCUACUCGACAACAGCGACGUCAACCUUGGACAUGUCCACGCCUACGUGAAAGCAGGUUGGACUGCCUGCCCUGCAGCUGGCACGGCCAUGCCACAAGUCUGCGGUUACUUUUCCGAACACCUGUGGAAAAAGGGCCAUGACUUUCGGGGGGAUGCGAGGAUGUGCCUAGUUGCCCUACCCCUCUGUGUGCGCUUUGGCGAAGAGAUCCUCCGGGGCAACGUCUUGUCUUUGGACGCUGUCUUGGAUUCGCUCCUGGCCUUGAACCGUGUGUGCAUCUGCAUCUUGCGAUCCAAAGCAGAUGUGUCUCACAGCACCAACUUACUUGGGCUGCAAGCAGACCACAUGCGGAGGUUCGAUCUUGCACACGGGCGGCAGCACCGUCCCAAGAUGCACUUCGGCCUCCAUAUUCGCGAGCAGUGCGCCAGAUGGCACCGCCUCGUAGACUGUUUCGCUUGCGAAAGGAAACACAGAGCAUUCAAGCAAGUUGCAAGCAAUGUGCGAAAUCUCACGCAGUUCAACAAGUCCUGUCUGCUUGAGCUGGCCACAGGCGACAUACACGCGGAUGUCCACAGUUCCGACGCCACGCUACAGGGUGCGACAGUGGACUGCCCGGACUUGGCUGCUGUGCUGAGCUGCUCCACUUCUCCUAAGCUAGCGAAGACAGCCUGCAGUCAUGGCCUCACGGCAAAGUCGGAAGACUACUUCGUGCUGUCGCCUGAACUGGCAGUCUUGGUUUGGGGGGCCCUGGCUGUUUCUGCUCAGUCGAAAACCCUGCAACCUGGAAGCUUCCUGCUGGUAGAGCCGUUGAUAGCCGCGAGCAUCAACCGGAAUGCCAGAGAGGACGGAUGCACGGAGUGGCACCCGUCUGAUAAACCUUUGGCUUUGCUGGACAUCGCAAACCUGUCUCGAGUGCACCAAGUUUCUUUCGCUAGGAAAACAAGGAAUGCUGACGGUCAAGUCGUUGUCUCACUCUUGCAUUAG